AUGGCAGUUUACUCAUCGUUUUCAGAAGUCGUUAUUUAUCCGUUUUCAGUAUUCGUAUCUGUUUUAGGGUAUACUCGGAACGGAUUUAUUUCUCCUGGAGCAAAUUCCGAUGAUGAAUAUGACGUCGGAUUUAAAGAUGAUGCGUUGGAAGCCGAUUUUGCUAUUCUUUUGAAAAGAACUCGUGGAUUCGAGAUAAAAGUGGUUCGAGGAGAUGGAUCGUGCAUGUUUCGAGCAGUAGCCGAUCAAAUUUAUGCAGAUGAAGGUAUGCAUGAUGAAGUAAGGCGAUUAUGUAUGGAUUACAUGGAGAGGAAUAGAGAUCAUUUUGCUCCCUUUGUUACGGAGAAUUUUUCGCGUUAUAUUGCUCGUAAACGACAACCCGGUCAAUAUGGUAAUCAUGUCGAACUGCAGGCUAUCUCGGAAAUGUUUGGACGCCCUAUUGAGAUUUACGAGUAUAGCGAAAAUCCAAGGAACGUCUUCUAUCCAACAAUCAAUUCCCUUGAAAUGCACGCGCCUAUUCGUCUUAGCUACCACGGUUCAUCGCAUUAUAAUUCCGUAAUUGAUCCUUUUACGCCUAUGGUUGGGAUUGGUUUGGGACUACCUAAUUGUAUCUCGAGUGGAAUGGAUAAUCUUCAUCAGGCAAUAAAAGAAAGUGAGAAGCUAAGUGUGGAGCAGGCUAUACUCCAAAGUCAGCUAGCCUUGACGGAUAUUGAAAGAACCGAAAAGGAAAUCAAUGAGCAGGUUGCCCACGAAUCGUAUAUGGAUUACUUGAAGAUGAUUAUGGGCGGCAGGGGCACUUCUAACUUGGAUUCUAAUUAUCACCAAACUGAGGUUUCUGAUUGGAUGCAUGAAUUAGGAGCGGAAGACGAUGAUGUUACGGAAAUCGAAAACCGCUUAAAGAAGAAGUCGACCCUCUAUGAUGAACUACUGGCAAUCGAACGUGAGUAUUUAAGCAUUAACGUCUUUUGA